CUCCAGGAAGCAGCUGCACUGUCACUCUGGGUUUCGUUCUGCAGAUAAGUCCUCCAGCGCUGUGAGACAUGGAGAACCACAGCACCACCAGAGUGGUCCUGCUGGCCUGUGGGUCGUUCAACCCCAUCACCAACAUGCACCUGAGGAUGUUUGAGCUGGCCCGGGAUCAUCUGGAAGACACAGGUCAGUACCGGGUGGUGAAGGGAAUCAUCUCUCCGGUGGGCGACGGCUAUAACAAGAAGGGCCUGAUCGAAGCCUCCCACCGCCUGGAGAUGGCCAGACUGGCCACAGAAACCUCGGACUGGAUCACCGUGGACUCCUGGGAGAGCCUGCAGCCGGAGUGGGUGGAGACUUGUAAAGUCGUUCGGCAUCACUACAAUGAGCUGCUUACAUCAGAGCAGAGCAAAGACGACGUGGACACGGUCAAGUUUGCCAAAAAGAGACGCGUGGAGGAAAACUCAUUUGAGGGUUCAAGUCAUCAUAGAAAGAGAGGUGACCCUCAGCUGAUGCUGCUGUGUGGGGCGGACGUCCUGGAGUCCUUCGGCGUUCCCAACCUGUGGAAGCCCGAGGACAUCGCGGAGAUCGUGGGCGACUACGGCGUGGUCUGCAUCACCCGCAGCGGCAGCGACUCGCUCAAGUUCGUCCACCAGUCCGACGCGCUGUGGAAGCACCGCAAGAACAUCCACCUGGUCACUGAGUGGGUCACCAACGAGAUCUCCGCCACCCACGUGCGGCGGGCGCUGCGCCGGGGCCGCAGCGUGAGAUACCUGCUGCCGGACAGCGUCCUGUACUACAUCCAGCAGCACGAGCUGUACAGCUCAGAGAGCGAGCAGAAGAACGCCGGCGUGAUUCUGGCCCCCCUGCAGAGAUACACGAGCUGAGGAGCCGCAGAUAGAGCGAUGCGAGCCGUCUGUACUUAGUGCUGUAACUUUGAACAAACCACACUACUAAGCUCACAUAAGUGCCUACUUCAUGGAAUAGUCAUCAGUUUUUUGCGAGUCUUUUUUCCAGGUUCGCUCUGUUCUAACCACUUUGUGUGUGGAUGACGAGUGAACAAGUCAAGAACAAAGACGGGGUCGAACUUCAAACCUGGCCUGACAGAGGAUCCAGUUUGGCCAGUGGAAAGACCUUGCAAAAUGGAAAUGUUACCAAAAAAACAUCCUGUUUAUCAUUCAUGCUCUUCAGAUGGUGCAGUUUUUUGAAGUUUAGCACAGUUGUAUGAAGCUUACACCCAAGAAAUCGGUGGUGCAGCAGUGGAAUUUACCACCUUACUGCCAGUGAAUUAGCGAAGGCCGCAGGAAUCCUGCAAAGCAGCAGCAGGCAUUUCAGGUACAGUCAGUCAGUGACCUGGUUUUUUAAUUUUUAAUUUUUAAUUUUCAAUAUUUUUGGGCAAUAAUUCUGACUCAAUAAAAAGGCACCAUGUUGAAAUUACAUUUAUUUUUCUUUUAAAACAUGAUCUUGUUCAAGUUGUGUAAAAAGAUAUUGAAGAUAUUUUUGACAUCGUACUCAUUUUGCACUGUCACAUUUGGAGUUAUUUGCGAUCAAACUGGAGUGUAUGCUGCUUUUGAACUACAAUGAGUUUGAGUUUGACACCUCUGAGCUAAAGUGGAAACUUUAGCAGAAUUUACCUGCUGCAUGAACACGUUUUUUUUUUUAAUGCACUCCUCUUCAUUCAUCACCUGUUUAUAUCUGGAGCAAGACUUUGCAGAAACUCCACAGACAGACCCUGAAAGCAGCUUUGAUCACUUGGUGCUUGUUAUAU